CAAAUGGCCGACUAAGGAUCUGCAACAGAAAAAAAGCUGUCAGAAGAAAAAGAUAUUGAUAGCACACCCAAAUUUUGCAAAAAAGUAGAAAUAUGGCAUCAGAAGACAGCAGUGAGAUACUUGAGUCGUCGAAACGACCUUUAGAACUACACUUUGUUGAUCAUGUUGAAUUGAAGAUACAGAGUCCAGAGAAAGAAGUUAUAAGUCCAACAAAAAUGUCAUUAAAAGGAUCUAAUGCAGCCUCAUUAGCUGGUGUGAAUGGAAAGAUUGUAAAUGGAAAUGCUUCCAUUGAAAGUGUUCUUGCCACUGCAGAUAGUAUAAAGGACGAUCAGAAUGAGACUAAGAGUAGUGAUAGUGGAGUAGACACUUCAAACAAUAGUUCAGAAAUUCCAGAAGAAUAUUUUAUUGACAGACAAGAGAGUUAUACUCCUGUAUGUGAACCUGAAGUUUUAAAAUCUCCAGAUAAAACUGUGGACCAGCUUUUCAACUUCCUGGACAGUUCAUCUUCACAGUCCUUGGAUGCUCUUAAUAAUAACAGUGAAGUCAUAUUAGGUGAAAAUGAGGAUGAAAAGGAUAAUGUUGAAACUGCUCAAACAGUUGAUGUAUACCUAGGGAAGGAAGUAGCUUUACAUGAAUGUGAAAAUGGUGAAGGUCAGAGUGUAGAAAACAAAGUAACUGAUGAAGGAUCUAUGAAUUUGUAUUGGUAUACAAGUAGUUUAGAUGUAGAUAUGACUGAAUUGGAAGCAUUUAAAGUGUCACAAGCAGAAAAUAAGAUGUCAGAAAAUGUCACAUCAAAUUUAGAAGUAACUGUUGGGAAUGGAUAUUACAAAACAAAAAAUAUAGAUGUAGAGUUAGAGUCUUCAAAAGAAAGUGUGUAUAAGUCAGAAACCAGUUUUGAUAUUAAGUCUGAGCCAGUCAAAAGAGAUGGCUGGUCACCAGCAUUUGAAUCUGCUUCUAGUAGAAUCUUAGAUCUUGCAUCAGAAUUAAAAUCAGAGCCAAAACAUAAGAAGAACAGGGAAAAUGAGUCAAUAAGAGAUACUGUAGAAAUUGAUAGAGAAAAGCAUCCUUGGGGUUUAGAUGGUGACAAUAAAGUUAGAUCUGAAGCUGCCACAGAAAACCAGGAUGAUCUACCAGACAUAGGAGAUAUUACCAGCACAGAUAAGGUUGAUGGGUCUGUUGAUACUUUCCAAAGUAGUGCAUAUCGGUCAGACAUGAAAUCAAGUGAAGCUGCAAUAGCCAUUUUGAAAAAUGAAGAAGCAAGAAAAGCUGAAAGCAUAGAAGAUGAAGCUGAUGCCAUUGGAUAUAUGGAAUUGAAGGAUAGACCCAUUGAACAAGGUAUUGUAACAAGUGAAUCUGUACAAUUAGAAACACGUAAGAGAUUAGCAACAGAGGAAGUGCCGGAAAAAGUAAGUGCUGAUGAACAGUUUGAAGAUUACUCAGAAGAUGUAGCUGAUGCAUUUGGCUAUAUGGAAUGGAAGGAUAGACCUGUUGAACAAGUUCUUGUAACAAGUGAACCUGUACAACUGGAAACAGACAUGGGAUUAACAACAGAGGAUGUACUGAAAAAAGUAAGUGUUGAUGAACAGUUUGAAGAUUACCCAGAAGAUGUAGCUGAUGCGAUUGGCUAUAUGGAACUGAAAGAUAAACCAGUUGAACAAGUUAUCAAAGCUUCUGAACAGGGGAUUUUGAAAGCAUCAGACCAAGGAAAAACUGAAAUAUCUGUUACAGAAAGGACUGACACAUCAAGUGUUGAAAGUAUUGAAAAUCAAAUUAUAGGCCAAGACAUAAAGGUUGGCAUUAGUCAAGAAUCUAAACCAAGCAUGGAAGCAACAUCAGAGGGAAUGGAUGUUCCAGAUGCACAGCUUGAAGCUAUUGAAAAGUUAGAAAACCAAAAUGUGCAAUCCCAAAUACAAGAUUCUUUAAAGGAGCAAAAAGCAAAACCAUUUGAUCCUUUUAACAUUAAAAGAAAAUACUUGAUAGCAAAUGAUUCAGAGGAAACAGUGCAGAAGAUGGGAGGAAUAUUUAUAGAAACUGAAACCUUAGUUGAUGAAUAUUUAGAUGACAAGAACUAUUCUCUCAUUUUGAAUGACUGUUGGCUGCGGCUUAGAAAUAAGAAAUUUGAAAUGAAAGUUAAUGCUUCCUUUGGUUAUGGGCCAAACAAAUCUCCUUCAGUGGAGAUGUUGACUAAUGAAAUCGAGAUACAAGACAUGUUGAUGAAGAGGUAUGAGAAGACAUUGGAACAGAAAAGAAGAGUGUCUGAAAGACAGUUAGAUGUUCUGAUAGAUGCUUUAGGUAUCACCGAGUUUGUAACUUUUGAGACUACCAGAAAAAAGUACCAAGUAGAGGAUUUCAUUGUUACAAUGGAUGUAACCAACUUCGGAUUCGAGGUUGGAGACAUUGAAAUUGUUGCCAACAGUUUGCCAGAGAUGAUGACAGAUUUGAUAAACAUGGACUCCUUAGCUGCAAAGCUUGGUUUUAGACCAUUACAGAGCAAUUAAGGAUGACAGAAGUAUGUGGCAAGUGAAUUGUAAGUGUGCAGGAGGCAAGACUUGUUGCCGUGAUGAUUGAAGGGUACAAUGACGGGUGUUUGAAACGGACCAGUAAACUUGUGACAGCCUGUUUGCUUUUGAGCUUUUAAAAUUAUCUUAUAUAUUGUUGCAUAUUCUAUGACAGUACCGUUAAAUAUAAUCUUAUUCUGUUAAGUAUUUUGUAAUGCUAGAUAAAUUGCGUGCUUUCAAGCGCUUGUUUUUUUGUUAAUAUAUCUUUACAGCUAUCAGGAUACCAGUAUUUUGUAACCAUGUAAUUGUGUAUUUGUAGAAAAAAUCAAAUUUGUUUUGUCAGCGCCAUAAAAACUAAUUUAGGUCUUGUAAGCUGGUGAAAGUGAUUACCAUUUAGCGUAUCAAAAUUACUUGGGUUAGCAAAAAUUUACGGUAAAAACGUUGUUAAUAGAUCUAUAUUGUUGUGAUGAAUAUAUGUGAUGUUAUGUACCGGUAGUAUGUUAAGGCAAUAAGUUACUAAAUUUAGUUUGCUAUUUUGUCUCAUCAAAAUUUCGAGAGAAGAUUUGGUAAAUUUGCUCCCCACUUACUUCCAUAGAGAUACAUAGAAGCUUUCAGGUGUAAUUUUUUAUAUUGUCAACUUGCCUGUGAAUGCAUAUAAUUUUGAUCAAUUUUGAAAGUUAUAAUAACUUAAGAUUGUCUAUUGUUUAGAUGAAAAAUGAUUGAAUCUUUGUCAGUUAUUAAUAUGAAUUAAAUUGGCAAUUAAUUAUUUCUCCUAACUUGUUAUUAUUGUUUUAUAGCCUCAUUUCAGUUUUCAUGAAUUUUACAAGUGAAUUAAACAUAGCUGUCUUUAAAUAAAAAAAAAUAGAUGUAUAUUAUUUUAAAGAAGGUUUGAAAUAUAAACUAAGAGUAUUUGAGAAUUUAGAUCCAUAGGUGUAUUGCAUUUGUGUUGAAAAUCACUGUAUGGAGUAUUAAGGUUCAGUUGAAAAUUUUUGUUGAUUUGCAGGCUACAAAAAAAUGUACAUGUUUUAAACUGUAGGUUUAGCUUUUACAAGUUCAUUUUGAAUGUGUAUAGCCAUGAUGUGGGGAAAUUUGUUAUGGCCUGAAUUUUAAAACCUCAGAUUCUUAUAAGUUGUUACACAAAUGCAAAAGUCAUACUGGCAGCAGUACAAGUAUGAAAUCUAAGCCGCACAAUACUGUACAUGUUUAAUUCAAAAUCCUUGCAUUUACAAUAACAUUCACUAUUUUUGCCAGCUACUGAAACUUUACUUUUGUCAGAGUCAAAUUGCAUGAUCAUGAUUAUGUUAAAAGAAGAGCAAAUUUUUAGGUCACAUGAACUUUGUUCAGUAUGAGCUAUGAGUAUAGGUGGAUGAACUGGUAUCGGUUGUCCAGCAUCUGUUGUCCAUCAUCUUGUGUUUCUAAACAUUACUGAAACAUUUUGUUAGAUUGACACUAGAUUUAGUCAGUAGCAUUCAGGCAUGAACCUAUCUCAAGUUUGUUUAGAUGGUUUGACUUGGUCCCUUUUAGGGACCACUAGAGUAAUAGAUAUAGAAAAACUUUUAAACAACUUCUCAUGACCUACUUAAUGGAUCUUCACCAAACUUAUCCUGUAGCAUUCUUGUAAGGUCUUCUCUCAAGUUUGUUCACCACAUGGCUGCCAUAGGGCUGCCAGAACUAAAAAUUAAAAAAACUUCUUCUCAAGACCCCAUGGAUCUUCAUUAAACUUGGUCUAUAGCAUCCUUAUAAGGUCCUCUGUACAAUUUUUAUGCCCCCCUUUGAAAAAGGAGGGGUAUAUUGUUUUGCAGAUGUCGGUCGGUCGGUAGGUCUGUUGGUCGGUCGGAAUGUAGACCUAUCCGUUUCCGGAUGAAAAUUCAAGAACGCUUAGGCCUAGGAUCAUGAAAGUUGAUAGGGAGGUUGUUCAUCACCAGCAGAUGACCCCUAUUGAGUUUGAGGUCUGUAUGUCAAAGGUCAAGGUCACAGUGACCCUGAAUAGUAAAACGGUUUCCAGAUGAUAACUCAAGAACACUUGGGCCUAGGAUCAUGAAAGUUGAUAGGGAGGUUGGUAAUGACCAUCGGAUGACCCCUAUUGAUUUUGAGGUCAGUAUGUUAAAGGUCAAGGUCACAGUGACCCUGAACAGUAAAACGGUUUCCUGAUGAUAACUCAAGAACGCUUGGGCCAAGGGUCACGAAAGUUGAUAGGGAGGUUGGUCAUCACCAGUAGAUGACCCCUAUUGAUUUUGAAGUCUGUAUGUCAAAGGUCAAGGUCACAGUGACCCUGAAUAGUAAAACGGUUUCCGGAUGAUAACUCAAGAACACUUGAGCCUAGGAUCAUGAAAGUUGAUAGGGAGGUUGUUAAUGACCAGCGGAUGACCCCUAUUGAUUUUGAGGUCAGUUUGUUAACGGUCAAGGUCACAGUGACCCUGAACAGUAAACAGUUUCCGGAUGAUAACUCAAGAACGCAUAGGCCUAGGGUCACGAAAGUUGAUAAGGAGGUUGAUCAUGACCAGCAGGUGACCCCUAUUGAUUUUGAGGUCAGUAUGUCAAAGGUCAAGGUCACAGUGACCAGGAACAGUAAAAUGGUUUCCAGGCAAUAACUCAAGAACGCUUGGGCCUAGUGUCAAGAAAAUUGAUUGUUAGGUUGGCCAUGACCAGCAGAUGACCCCAUUGAUUUUGAGGUCAUUAGGUCAGAGGUCAAGGUCACAUUGGCUAGGAACAGUUAAAUGGUUUCUGAUCUUCUUGUCCAAAACCAUAGGGCCUAGGGCUUUGAUAUUUGGUAUGUAGCAAAAUCUAGUGGUCCUCUACCAAGAUUGUUCAGAUUAUUUCCCUGGGGUCAAAUAUGGCCCCACCCCUAGGGUCACAUGGUUUAUAUAGACUUAUAUAGGAAAAAAAUUUGAAAAUCUUGUCCAAACCACAAAGUCUGUGGCUUUGGUAUUUUGUAAUGUAGCAUCAUUUAGUGGUUCUCUACCAAGUUUGUUCAAGUUAUCCCUCUUGGGUCAAAUAUGGCCCUGCCUCAGAGGUCAAAUGGUUCAUAUAGACUCAUAUAGGGAAAAACUUAGAAUCUUCAUGUCCAUAACUUACAUCAUUCAAAUUUGGACCACAUGUAUAGUUUUGAGUGGCAAGAUGAACCUUGACAUGAGUUGACCUUGAUCUUGACCUAGUGACCUACUUUCACAUUUCUGUACCUACAGCCUUCAAAUUUGGACCACAUGCAUAGGUUUGUGUACUGAAAAAAACUUUGACCUUGUUAUUGACCUAGUGACCUACUGUCACAUUUUUGAAGGUACAGGCUUCAAAUUUGGACCACAUGCAUAGUUUUUGUUCCAAAAUAAAAUUUGACCUUGAUUUUGACCUAGUGACCUACUUUCACAUUUCUCAAGCUACAGCCUUCAAAUUUGGACCACAAGCAUAGUUUUGUGUACUGAAAUGAACUUUGAUCUUGAGAUUGACCUACUGACCUACUUUCACAUUUCUGAAGGUACAGGCUUCAAAUUUGGACCACUUGCAUAGUUUUGUGUUCUGAAAUAAAAUUUGACCUUGAUUUUGACCUAGUGACCUACUUUCACAUUUCUCAAGCUACAGCCUUCAAAUUUGAACCACAUGCAUAGUUUUGUGUACCGAAAUGAACUUUGAUCAUGAGAUUGACCUAGUGACCUAUUUUCACAUUUUUGAAGGUACAUGCUUCAAAUUUGGACUGCAUGCAUAUUUUUGUGUUCUGAAUUGAAAUUUUACAUUGAUUUUUAUCUAUUACCUUCUUUCACAUUUCUCAAGCUACAGCCUCCAAAUUUGAAGCACAUGCAUAGUUCUGUCUACCGAAAUGAACUUUACCUUGAAAUUGAUCUAGUGACCUGCUUUCACAUUUCUCAAGCCACCGCUUUCAUAUUUGGACCACAUACACAUUGUUUUGUACCUAAAUGAAAUUUGACCUUGAUUUUGACCUCGAGGUAGUAUUGAAAUUUGGAACAUUCAAAAAUGGCUCAGUGGAUGGCGCCAAGAUCAAUCUGUAAUCUCUUGUUAGGUUAAUAGGUUAAAGGUCAAGGUCAGAUUAAACCAGAAUGGUAGAAUUUUUGUUUACAGUGAGCAUAUAAUUUCUGUUCCUUGUGCAAUUACUGAAUGCAUCAAGGGGGCAUUUCGUGUUCGACGAGCUCUUGUUGUAAAUGAUUUUGUUUGGCCCCUUUUUAGAGGCCACCAAAGCUAAAAGAAAAGAAUCUUAUGAACAACAAUUACUUCUUCUUAUGCACCACAAUGUAGAUCUUUAGCAAUCUUGGUCUGUAGCAUCUUUAUAUUGACCGCUCCCAAGUUUAUUUAGAUGGUUGUGCCUCGCUCCAUUUUGAGUGCAGCUAGAGCUAAAAAUAGAAGAAAAAAAAUGAACAACUUUUUAUGAACCAUGAAUGUGAUGGAUCUUCACCAAACUUGGUGUGUAGCAUCCUUUCGUGGUCUUCUCUCGUAUUUUUCUGAUUAUUCUGCUUGGCCCUUCUCGUGGGUUUCCGUAGUUAAAAAUAGAAAACUGUGAAACAACUUGUUAUAGAUCUCCACCAUACUUGGUUAAAAGCAUCAGAUUCUUUCAAGUGGUGAUGCUUGGGUGACCCCUUGAAGGAGCUGUCUGAGCUAAAAAUAGAAAAAAAAAUCUUUAGAAAAGACUUCUUUUCAUGACCCACCAGAUGAAUCGUCAAGCAGUUCUGCGCCUUGCCAGAGCUAAAAAUAGGAAAACCUUUAAAUGACUUGUACUGAACCAUUGGAUGGAUUUUCACCAUACUUGUCAGCAGCAUCCAUCUCAGACGUGUUUUAAAUGUUUCUGCUUGACCCUUUCAAGUGAUAAAAAUAGAAGAAAAACCAACUUCUUACCAAACUCAUAUCAUGAUUCAUCAAAGUCAGGUCAGAAGCAAGGUCAAAGGUCAGUGUCCUCCUGAGUUGGGCGACUUGUGCCCAUUUGGGCCUCUUCUUUCAGUUUUAGUAAAGGUAAAAAUGUUGGGUUUUGAAAUUAGUGUGGGAAUCACAUGGUAAAGAGGUGGUGAACUGAAUUAGGAAUCAUGAUUAGCAAAUAUGGGUUGAAGUUUUUCCACUGGUGAUCAUAUGUUUAGAAAUGGGGUAACUAGUAUGUAGACAUAGGGUUUAUUAAUAUUAAUGGCUUUAAUGCAUAAUAUUUAUAUAUUUCUUUUUAGGCAUGUGUAAUGAACAUUUAUGGGGAGGAGAGGGUGCAUAGCUCCUUGUAAAACUUAUGAUGGAUGUGGGGGAGGGGGAUGAAAGAUCAAAUGCAAGGUGUGCAAUAGAAAACAAAAUCAAAAUGGUCAGGUAAUUGUACAUUCUGUUUAGGAUUGCAGAAUGUAUUGCUGAUACAUAAACCUUGUGUAAGCUAGGAACCAGAUAAAAUACUCCUGUAAAUAGUGCCAUAAAAGGGAAAAUGGAAGCAUGAUGGUAAUACCGUGUCAUAUAUUUCUUACAGGGUUGCCAAAAUUUUAUUGAUUAAUAUGUAAAAAUGAAGAAAUGAAUUGAACUUUUUUACUUUUUCUAUUUUAUCUUUAGUUCUGUAAGUCAAAGCUGUAUCCAUGUUUAUUAACUGUGUUUAAUUUUUCUAGGACUUAAAUGGAAUGAAAAUACCACAUAAUUCCUGCAAAAUUCUGUUACUUAAUGCAUUUUACAUUUACUUAUUAUACAAUAGCGUGUUAACUUCCAGUAAUUAACAGGAAAACUUGUAACAUUAGGAUUUUUUUUGGUUUUGUAACUUACGUCAUGUGAUGUAAGGCGUCUAAAGAACUACUUUUUUAUGGAUUACCAUUAAAACAAUAUAAUUCCCAUUGCAAAACUCAUUAUUUUGUUUAUUGUCUGGAUUGUAUAUUAACGAUUCAUUACAUUUCCCGAAAAUCGCUAUCAUUGGCACGUAAUAAAUAGUAAUAUGCUUGUAUGGUGGGGUGUUAUAAUUUGUGAUCUAUUACAAACACAGGGUGUACGAUUACAGUAUAUUGAUUAGAAACAGUCUGGGUUUAAUGCAGUGUAUUUUCUUGUAAUUUCAAUCUGUCUGUCACUUUUGUUUUUCGAGUACCUACUGUAAUUGUUUUUCGCAAUUAUACUUUCACAUAUGCAUAAUAAUAUGGUACGCUUUUGUCUGUAUCAAGAAUUCCAGUGUCUUCCGAGACAGCGUAAUUGUUGUGUGAUCAGUUUAGACUAUGAUAGAUUAUCGUUUUGCCCGGAAUUGUAGAUAUACUUUAAAAGCAGUUUUUUUCUCUCUCUCUCAGUUAACAGCUUGUAGAGGCGUAGCGAUACGUCAUGCCAGGAACGAGGAUUUUUCAAUUCAAUUCUAAAUAACGUAUGUCUUUUUUUUCUCCAUACAUGAAGAAUUUCAGGUCACAUGUGAAUGUAUGUAUAUAGUAGAAAUUUUAUUUGAUCUGAAUUAUUAUGUUCUCGCUGAUUGUUAAAUACCAAUGUUCAUUACACUGACAUUGGGGCUUCAUGCUAGUCAAUAAGUGUUUCAGCUAUGCCGCUGGUUUACUUUAAUAUAGUCUACCCAUUUCUUUUAUAAUGUUAAUACCAUUAAAUAAGAAUAAUUACGUUUUACAUGUUAUGCAAAAAGCUUUUCGCAAAAGGAAAGAAUCUGUAUGUCUAGUAAAAGUGUCGCUAAACCCACUCUGUGAGAUAGUCGAAAAACCGCACACGUUUUAAUUGUACAUCUACUAAUGUCUAGAAAUCUUGACAGUUUUCCAUGUUUAUAGUUUUAGAUAAUAGAAUUGGUGCUUUUUUAUCAGUGUGAACUGUUGUGAGUAAUUUUAGGUUUUUAUGCGAGGUUUUUCGUAAAUUGACAUUGUCAAGUAUGUAAAUGAGAUAUAUUGCAAUAUUCCAGCUGUAUAGAAAUUUAAGUGUUGUACUUUUGUGCGUUGUUUUGGAACUGUGUUUUUAUUUCUUUCUUUUUUUCUUUUAACAUUCCGGCAUUCUCACAAGUUUUGCCUUUGGUACUAGUAACUAAUGAGUCAUGAAAUGUUCGGAAACUACUUCACUCAGUUAACCCUUAUGCUGGACAUGACUGAUUCUGCCUUUGUGACCAGUGCAGAUCAUGAUCAGCCUGCACAUCCGUGCAGUCUGAUCAUGACCUGCACUGUUUGCCAUUCAGUCAGUAUCUUUUUAACCCCUUUUAACAGUUAAUGGUACUAUCCAAAUUGAAAGAUGAACAAGUUCAUUUUAGAAAUUUAGCAGAAAUUUUUUUGUCUCUUUUGAUACCUAAAUGAUAUACGUUUUUGUAAAUUUCAGUUUUUCAGACUCCAAAACAGUAUAUAAACAUAGUACAUGGAUGAAAGAAUGUGGCUGUAAUAGAAGUUAAUCCACAAUUUAUUUGUCAAAAAAAAAAAGCAAUGAUAACGUUCUUUAAACCUUAUCUUUUAUAUACACAAGGAAAGCAAUACGCAAGAUAAAUAAUCAAAAUAGGAUAUUUUCCUUUCAAUGCUUUAUCUGAAAAAACGUCACAGGAAGUAACGUCACUCGUUAAAUGGUUACAGUGCUCAUUUUGCUCAAAACAUUUCUUACAUAUCCGUUAGAAUAUGAACUUGCUUCUUUUUAAUUGCAAGUGAAAUACAAAAUGUGUUAAUCUGUAUUUCCAGUUGACAAAAGUCGGGACAAAGAGCUAUCUCCAACUUUUCAACACAGAUUUGAAGACUCUUAAUAUAGAUCCAUUAGUUAAAAUAUUAUAGAGACAGAUUGUAAAAAUGCACCUCUGUGUACCAGACUAUUGCAUAAGCAUUUUCUGUCAACUAGCAUAAUAAAUGUACCUCACUGUAUCGAACAAAUGCAUCGGCAUUUGGUGUCAACUAGCAUAAUAUCCUAAAUCAAAAUUGAAAGCUCACCUGAGAUUUGUUAUAUUUUACAUAAGGUGAGCAUAUAGCAAACUAGUUUGUGCAUAAAAUGCAUUUGUGUAGACGUAGUAUAUUAGAAACUGUUUCUGUGGGGGAAAAGCUUGUCCUUUUGAAGAUUAUAGAUCUGUUAAUCUGUUAUUUUGUUAAUAGCUUCACUGUUAUCUCUUAUUUGCUCAAUGCAUAAUAUUUGCUUUUCUGUAUUCAUAACUGGAUAAUGAUUGAUCUAUACUUAUAUGGGCUUUCUAUAUGUAUACAUGAAUAUUGUAUGUUUAUAUUGUCUCGGAUGAUAGAGGGAUGUGUAUGUAUAAUCCUGUAUUCUUCACUUGAUGUAAUUAUUGUAUUUGAUGCCUUAGUAUUGUAUUAUAUAAUCAUAUUUUAUGAAUGUCUUUUACCAGCUGCGUGUAAAGCAUUUUAUUCUCAUAUCGGCACAAAAACUGGAUAAGUGCUUCUAUAUGUCAAUGCAGUUCUCCACUUUUGGCGCUAAGGUAACAAAUUAUAGAGUCAGAUCAUUGGAGUUAAAAAGGACCAGAUGAAAAAAUUAUGGGUCCGAUACCUUAAAUAAUACUUAUCAAAGGUUUUUGUUGCAGUGUAACACUUGGUGGUAUGCCCCUUUUUAAAAAAGUGAAUUCACAGUUUUUUUUUGCGUUUUAAUUUGAGCUGCACCAUGAGAAAACCAACAUAGUGUGUUUGCAACCAGCAUGGAUCCAGACCAGCCUGCACAUCCACGCAGUCUGGUCAUGAUCCAUGCUGUUCACCUAUUGCAAUUAGAGAAACCGUUAGCGAACAGCAUGGAUCCUGACAAGACUGCGCAGAUACGCAGGCUGGUCUGGAUCAAUGCUGGACGCAAACGCACCAUGUUGGUUUUCUCACUUUGGGGCUCAUUUAUAUCUUUCUCAUGAUAAAAAAACAACAGCACAACAGAACCUUAUAUCUUAAAUAUCGUGUCUCAAAAUUACAUCUUCAUUUGGGAUAAGAAAAUCUCAUCUCAAUAAUUUUUGGUUGAUUGAUUAUUUUUCUAGCAUUAAUGUAAUUGUUGUAUUGAAAGUUUUCCAGUAUAUAAAUUCUGUUUCAAAGUUUGUCUGGAAUAUGGUCCCUCGGGCUCAAUUUCCGUAGAUCUUGCACUCGUCUUAAUUUGUGUAUAUAUCGAUUUCAAAGGCGGAUGUAUUUUUCUUUUUGGUAAUAUAAUUACAAUAAUGUGUUGCUGUUGUUUUGACCUAUCUUCUGAAUGUGUUAUUUUUCUUUCAACUAAAAUAACGGCAGAAAGAUACAAUAAUUGAGCCACACCAUGAGAAAACCAACAUAGUGGCUUUGCGAGCAGCAUGGAUCCAGACCAGCCUGCGCAUCCGUGCAGUCUGGUCAGGAUCCAUGCUGCUCGCUAACGGUUUCUCUAAUUGCAAUAGGCUUUGAAAGCGAACAGCAUGGAUCCUGACCAGACUGCGUUGAUGCGCAGGCUGGUCUGGAUCCAUGCUGGUCACAAAGCCAUUAUGUUGAUUUUUUCAUGGUGUGGCUCAUAUUGUGAAUUCUGUAUGGACUGUUCAUAGAUGUCAUAAGAAAACAUACUUCCUGGAUUUUUAGCAGGCUGGUAACAUUGCCCGAUCGGGCUUUCGACAUAAAAACUAAUAUUUCUUGAAAAAUAGUAAAGAUAUUUCUUUCAAACUUGGUCCAUUUAUUAAGCAUUUCAUAUGACACAAAUUAAAAUAAAAAUAACCUGGUUGCCUUCAGUUUUGGUAGAAUUAUUUCCCCAUUUCAGAUUUUUAUGACACAUAAUUUUUCAAGUCCAAACAAAAUAUGUUCUAAUAAUAAGUUUAAAACAAAAAAGGGUUCAAUGGCUUUCUAAUGCUCUAAAUUAUUGCGCUAGUACAUGAAUGUAUACAUUUUAAUGUGCUUUCACUAACAACAUAUAGAAAAAUGUUAGUUGUAAAAAAAAUGUUCAUACAUCUGCACUAGAAACAAAGUAUUAACCUUAAAUACAUAGAAUAAAGGUAUUGGCGCACAAGUUUUGAGCAAUAGAAACCCAUUAAACCCUUUUCUGUUUUAAAAAUUGCAUUAAAACAUAUUUUUUUUGGGCUUCAAAAAUUAUGC